AAUUCUGUGUAUAUCGAGCAUCCCCAAUUAAGGUGUAAACAAAACAUAUAAUAUAUAAAGAUAAUAAAACCUAAAAAUGAGCGGUGCUCAUAGAGAAACAGUUCAAAAACAAAUUCAUCAGGAUUGGGCAAAUCGAGAAUACAUUGAAGUCAUAACAGCAAGCAUAAAACGAAUCACAGAUUUUCUAAAUUCAUUUGAUAUGUCCUGUCGAUCGCGUCUAGCUGUGCUCAAUGAAAAACUGACAAUUCUAGAACGACGGAUCGACUACUUGGAAGCUUGUGUAACCCAAGGAGAAACAUUAACGUAAUAGUUUUAAUAAAUAAAUACGUUGUGAUUUCCAAUAUAUAUAACAUGAAUUAAAAUAUGCAGUU